AUGUGACGUCACGACGUGUUGACGCAGCUUUAGCUGUGGAGGCGAUUGUGCUUCCCUGACAGUUAAUAUUAUUGUAAUUAUGUUUCCAAGGCUUUUUUUAUCGUAUCGCGAAUGACAGUCAGCGAGGGACAGAGACACCUUUCAUGUAGUGUAAACCACCGAGAAGCCAUUCCAUGGAGGUCGAGGACAGCCCGCUCAACCUGAAAAACAUAUCCCAGCCAAUCACACUUCAGGCUCAUCAGCAGUGCAGGAAGGCAGACCGUCUGCUGGUGGCUGGGAAGUAUGAAGAGGCCAUCUCCUGCCAUGAGAAAGCAGCAGAACUUUUGACAGAAGCCAUGAAGACAACUGAGUGUAAGCAGGCUCGUCUGUCCAUGGAGCUGCAGAGGGACAGUCAUAUCAAACAGCAGCGACUCAUCCAGGAGCGCUUGAAGAGAGAGACCCGUCGAGAGGCCACGAAGUCCCGCCUCGCUCAGGUGCAGCCCCCCCCCAGCAGCCCGGCCCUCCUCACCCAGACCCCGGGCCAGCUGCAGCCCAGCGCCCCCCCCGGCCCCCCGGCUGCAGAGGGGGUCAGGGAGCGGGAGUACGACACCCUGCUCUACCAGCUCCAGACCCGGCAGACCGGAGGCUGCCAGCCUCUGACCACGCCGUGCCCCGGCACUAAGACCACCAAAGACGACAAGACCCGGCUGGAGGAGCAGCAGACCACCAUCGAGGACCUGCGGCGCCUGGUGACCCGCCUGAUGGACGAGAACCAGCAGCUGCGCUCGGAGAACGCCCGGCUGCGCUCCGAGGCCACCGACGCAGACUUUGUGGAGUGCUCCGAGCUCUGGGGGAACUCACAGGCAGGGGGCGCUCUGGGGACAGGGGGGGAGCAGGUGAGGAGGAGCACGGGUGGGAAGGGGAAGGAGAUCGCCAUCCCCCAGCUGCCCCCGCUGGAGAUGCCCGCGCAGGAGGACCUGUGUCUGGACGACCUGCCCCCUCUGGAGCUGCCCGAGGACAUCCAGAACGAACUGAAGGAGCUGCUGGACAGGGACAAGCUCUGAACACACACACGCGCGCACACACACACACGCGCGCACACACACACACGCGCACACACGCAGGCAGGUGCGCACACACGCACACAGGCACACACACACAGGCACCAGGGUUGAGUUUGGAUGCCAAAAUGUUUGUCAUGUGACCCGGGGCUGUCACAGAGCUAUAAUGAAACCCCCAUACUGUGUGCAGUAAUAAUGAUGAUGCAGGGGGGGGGGGACUUGUGCGAGUGAUUUUUUAUUUUAUAGUCUGGAAUUAAAUAACUGAUUAUUUCAGUGCUUCGAAUGCUAAAUGAUAGUGCUUUUUAUCUAUAAGAUGAUAAUUAACAUAAUGUUUUGGGCUUUUUGCAAAUGUUGGCACGGUGGAAAACAUCCCUCUAACUUCCUGUUGGGGGGAUUUUGGCCAACACAUGAAUGCCAGCGGCUGUAGAGUUUGAUUAUAUAAAAAUAUAAUUUUGUUGACAUUAAUUAAGUUAGUAAACAUGAAGUUACCAAUAAGAUAACGUUAUUUAAUUAUUUUAUUGUUGGAUUCUUUUUUUUUUAAAUUUGUGCUAUCACAAUAGAUUUUGUAUUGCCCUUAUUUCUUUAUUUUCUUGCACCAGAGCCUGAGAUUCAGUUUCUUCUGUUUGCCUCUUUCAGAAAGAAAUAAGGAAAUGAAUGUGGGAUGUUAAAACACAUCAUUGCUUGAAACUUGAUGAAUAAAAACUGAGAUUCUUUUGAAAUGUU